GAUCUUAAAGUGGGACCCGAUCGGCUGGAACUGGAAAUACAUGGAUGCUGGGCUUUGGUCUUUGGCAGUCCUGGGGACCUAUUUGGUGCUCUUGGUGCUUCCCUUUUCCGUCCAAUACAUGUUCGGUGAACUCACAGGCACACCUCAAAGCUCCAAUCAGGGCUUGCAGUCGGAGGGUGUGGAGAAGGACAAGAAGGAGCCAGGCGAUCCCAGCGAAGACAAGGAUUCCUCAGAACCGGAGCCAGAGAAUGAGGACAAGACAAGCGGACCAGCGACAACGGCGAUUAUGUUUUCAGCAAUCCUACCAGGCCAGGCAUCUUUACCAGGCCAACCAGACCACACGGAAGACAAGUCCGAGGUGCGACGACGUCAUGGCGAGGGACACCAGCGCAACCAAAAGUUCAAUUUGGACGAGAUCAGCAAGAACUUGACCCAAGGACUGAGCAGUGAUCGCAAAUGA